AGCUAAAUGAAAUCGGCUGAAAAAAAAGUCGAAGAAAUAAGUUCCAUUUAUUUAUUAAUUUGAAAUUAAGUUUUUAAAUUAAAAAAUAAUAAUGGUUAAUUGGUAUUAAUCAAUUAAUAUCGACACCAAUAUUGAAUUUGAGAGUGUGAGUUAAGUAAAUGAUAUCGGCUGAAAAGAAAAAUUGAAGGCAACAAACCACAAAUUCGGCGACAAAGCAAAUAUCUACGUUCACACAAUUGUUUACUUGUGCAAAAAUUUUCGGCAAAGUAGUUAUCAUAAUAAGAAGGUUCCAUAAACCGUCAACUCAUAGCCAGCAAGCCAGCUACUUAUUGACCAAAUAUAUAUACAUACCUAUACAUAACAAAAAAACAAAACCAAAAGUUCAACGACCUUGAACUUCCCUUUGAGCCUAUGGAUUUAUGCCAUCCGAUUUAAAAAUCUACAUUUACAGUAGAAUCGAAGAGAGUGUCGCAUUUAUAAGAGCCAAAAAAUUGCCAAGUUUUAGCAUCAAUUGUAUGAUUAUUUCGUUUAGUUUCGUUUUGGUGUGCAUGUGCGUGCGUGUGUAGUUAUUUUGGUUCAUUUUGGCCGAUUUAUAAACAAAAACAAAUACACUGGAGAGAGUCAAACACAAAUGCCAUUUGAAAAUUGUUGGUGACAAUAUUUAUCUAUGGUUGCUCCUUAAUUAACAAUUUAAAUAGAAAAAAAUAUAUAUAUAAUCCUACCGCAGACAUCAGCACGUAUAUAUACAUACAUAUACAUUGCUUGCUCUUGGAAUAACUUGCUUGCUCUUCGGAAAAGAAGUCACACACCAGCCAGCCAGUUGUUAUAACAACAAACCACCACCAGCAAUAACAAUAUGUCGCAGGGAGCAACAAUGGACCAACCCGAUCAUCAUGUGCACUUUGAUGUGGCCAGCCUCAAGGAUGAUUUUGAGAAUGACAGCUGUGUAACAUAUCAACGGGCAGGCGAUACAAUUGUCGUCAGUCUGGGCUUCUUACAAAUCAAUCACCGUUAUACAAUCGACCUAAAACUGCCCAGCAAUUUAUUUGGUGAUUUGGGCAGUUCGCUGAAUCAAUUUCAGCCGGAUGUUACAACAGUUCCUAACUUGCAUUGUCGCAUCACCGAAUUUUCCGGCAUGAAAGAUGACGAGCAUGACUUUUACGAAAUGAAAAUUGAAUUUUUCGCCUACAAAGAGAAAUUAUUGCGGGAAACGCUGCACAUUGUCAACUCAAACAAUGACAAGGAGGUGCUGAAGUUGGUUAUAGCGGCACGUGUCCUGGGCAAGGGCAAAGGAACACCAAUGCUGCGCACCGGCAUACACUGCAUAGGCAUGGAAAAGGAUGAGGAAUCAGAGGCUUCGGAUUUUUCCGGAUUUGGCAAGGAUCCAUAGAUCAUCAACAGCAUCACACAUUUCUUAAGGGCAUUAGAAAAGAAACAAUUUUGUUUUCAUUAUAAAUAAUAAAAUAAGUAAUUCUAAUAAUAAUAAUAACUUACUAUAAUAAAUGAAUAAUUCAUUUAAUGUGAAUUAUUGAAUUUUAAGUCAAUUUUUUGUAUACCUUUUUUUUGUUUAGUUUGUAAGUAACUCUUAUUAGUGGCAUUUUAAUUUACCUAUUAUAAACUCAAAUGUGCCUAUGUUCAAAUGUAACUGAAAAUCCCAUUUCUAACAUUUUUUCCCAACUUAAUUAUUGAAUAUAACUUUUAUAUAUAUAACGCAUAUAAGUAUAGAGAGAGAGAGAUAGGGAGGAGGCUUACCUAUUGGGUUGCCCAAAAAGUAUUUGCGGAUUUUUUAAAAGAAAGUAAAUGCAUUUUUAAUAAAACUUGGAAUGAACUUUAAUCCAAUAUACUUUUUUUACACUUUUUUUCUAAAGUAGGUAAAAGUAACAGCUGAUAACUGACAGAAGAAUAAAUGCAAUUACAGAGUCACAAGCCGUUGAAAAAAUUUGUCAACGCCGACUAUAUAUGAAAAAUCCGCAAUUACUUUUUGGGCAACCCAAUAGAUACAUGUAUUGUAUUCAUAUGGAAUGUAUGCCGGAAUAUGUACAUACAUACAAACAUAUAAAAUACGCAAUUUUUUGGAAUAUCAAAUACAAUCACACAGUCACACAUUUAUUUUAUUGAAUGUUCUCAAAAUCAAAAACUUUAAUCCAUCACAAACGAAAAAUCUAUCGAAAAAAAAAACUAAUGACUAUAUUUAAUUAUAAACACACAUUAGAAGAGAAUCCAAAGAGCACCAUUUUGAAAUUGAAAUUUGCAAGAAAUCUUUUAUAAUCGCUGAAUGCAACUAGAUAUAUGUACUUUUUCUAAUAACAAACAAACAAAAAAAACAAUUGGCCUGACUUUUUACCCAUCCCUUAUGAAUUUGACCUAAAAUUAGAUGUAAUAAAUCAAAAUAGAUAUGUAAGCAUUUUUAGAAUUUACCUCUUCAGUUACAAAUAAUUCGAUUGACCUCCAUUCUACCAAUUUCUUCAAUAAAGAUAAUAAAGAUAUAGAUAUAAUAA